GAAGGAAGUGACUUGUAAGGACUAGUCCUGGAAGUAUCCUUGACAUUGAGAAACGGCCUAUAUAUGGAGAUGAUCUCGUACAUUAAGCAGCAAAUUUGAACAGAUAAGCAUUACAGUCCGGAUUGAGAUACUUCUGUGCAGGUGUAUUUCGUCUUUGGAACCAAACGGAAACUUAGGGUACAGGACAAGUGACAGAAAAGGUCUGCAGAUCUCAUUUAUUGCUCACUGUCAAUUCACAAUUAGGAGCAAUGACGACAACAACAACAACAACCCAAAAGCACAAAUUAUUCUGUUCUGAGCCAAUGGGGAAAAAAUCUGUUAACACACUUCCUGGAAUUGGUCCUGUGUUGGCUGAACGACUUAAAAUGAUUGGAAUAAGAACAGCAAAGGAGGUCCUGGGUCGUUUCCUGGUCUUGAGGAUGGAUGAGUGGAAGUUUAAGAGCUGGCUUAGAGACUCAUGUGGAGCAAAUGCAAAGCAUCAAAGUGAUUGUUACAACUGCCUGAAGGAAUGGACAGAUAGUUAUUUGUAAAGUCGACAAAACUGUUUGCCUUGUUGCACUCAUAUUACUUAUGUUAAUGUCAUUUAUAUAGCCUUCUGCAACUGCUAGGUACAGUACAACAGUUGAAAAUAAUGGGUCUUAUAAAUGUGUCUUUAUCUUUACUGCAUCUUGCUUUAGUUAAGAAAUCUCACAUAAUAAGUACAAAUAAUGCAUUACAGUGCAAAACACUUUGUAUUCUUAUGUUUUUAUAUUUAUUUGUUACAAUUUGUAGAAAUACAAAAAAAUGCUAAAUGAAUACGCCAUCAGUAAAUUCAAGCUCAUUUAAAGCUUGAAAUGUUGAGUUUGUGGUAAGGCGUAGCAGUGGUUUAUAGAAUAAAAAUAAGAUAAAAUGUUGACAUCUUUUUCAUAAUGGUGAUUUUAAUGCUUUUAUCAGCCACAAAGUAAUUCAGUUACCUUCAUUAAGGACCAUAUUUAGGCCUGGUUUCACAGUCAAGGCUUAGCUGAAGGCAGGACUACGCCUUUGUUAAAAUAAGUAAGCAUCUCUUAUAAACAUGCCUUAAAAAUAACAUAACUGGUGUGUAUCUUGAGAAAAAUGAGUGGCUUAUUUUUAGAUCUGUAAGUGCAAGUUAUUUUCAGUUAAGACAGCAUGUAUUCUAAUCUAGGAUAAGUAUUACGCCUCGUCUGUAAAUUUGAAAUAAAACCUAAACAUUUAAAUGUAAUUUGUUCGAUAUAUGUCUUCCUCUUCCAAAUCCUUUCCACAUAUCGCCAAAUGACGGCGUGACUCCCUGCUCAUAAAUCACGGUCUUUGCAUAGGCCCACUGUCUGUCUCUAACUGU